GCGAUGUGUCAGACGCUGGUGGCGCGUCGCUGAGGGAACAAAGAAGUCUUGGAACCAAAUGAUGGGGUUAGCCUGAUAUCCUCAAUCCUACAAACAAGAUGUCAAAGCGGCCAUCCUAUGCCCCUCCCCCCACCCCAGCCCCCACAACACAAAUGCCCACCACCCCUGGGUUUGUGGGGUACAACCCAUACAGCCAUCUGGCCUACAACAACUACAGGCUGGGAGGGAACCCCGGCGGGAGCAACAGGGUAAUGAACUCCUCAGGGAUCACUGUUCCCAAGCCCCCGAAACCGCCUGACAAGCCUCUGAUGCCCUACAUGCGGUAUAGCCGGAAGGUAAGCAGGAAGGUGUGGGACCAAGUAAAAGCCUCCAACCCGGAUCUGAAGCUAUGGGAGAUUGGGAAGAUUAUCGGUGGCAUGUGGAGGGACCUCACUGAUGAGGAGAAGCAGGAUUACUUAAACGAGUAUGAAGCUGAGAAGAUUGAAUAUAAUGACUCUCUGAAGGCCUACCACAACUCUCCAGCUUAUCUAGCCUACGUAAACGCCAAGAACCGCGCAGAGGCCGCUCUGGAGGAGGAGAGCAGACAGAGGCAGUCUCGGCUGGACAAAGGCGAACCCUACAUGAGUAUCCAACCCGCUGAGGACCCUGACGACUAUGACGAUGGCUUCUCCAUGAAGCACACGGCAGCAGCUCGUUUCCAGAGGAACCACCGGCUAAUAAGUGACAUCCUGAGUGAGGUGGUGGUUCCAGAUGUACGCUCUGUGGUCACCACCGCACGCAUGCAGGUGCUCAAACGACAGGUCCAGUCCCUCAUGGUGCAUCAGAGAAAACUGGAGGCAGAGCUGCUCCAGAUAGAGGAUCGCCAUCAGGAGAAGAAGAGAAGGUUUCUGGAGUCCACCGAGUCCUUCAAUAAUGAACUGAAGCGGCUGUGCAGUCUGAAGGUGGAGGUGGACAUGGAGAAGCUGACUGCGGAAAUGGCAGCGGCCGAGGAGGCGGCUCGGCGGCGGGUGGAAGAGCGUGAACGCGAGGCGGCGGAGCAGGCGGAGCGAGCAGCCCAGGAGGAGCAGCAGGGUUCCAGUGGCUCCACCCACCCCGACAGCAGCGCCAGCUCUGAGCCCAAAGAUCAGCAGGACAAAGCCAGUCCUAUGGAGACAGACGAGGCUCCCACAGAAGUGUCUGAAGGGACCCAGGAGUCUGAGGAGAGGCCUACGGUGGCCACUGCAGAAAAACCAGCAUCGAUUGACCCAGCAGAGGGCGCUACAGACGAGGGCACAAGUGACAGCACCGCACCCUCGGAGAGCAGCACGGGGCCGCCGGCUGAAGCUCCGCCCUCUGACCCUGCGUCAGAGGAACGACCUCUAGCCCCACCUCAGUGAGGAGGAGCCACGGCCUCCUUCCUUGCUCCACCCACACGCCAUCUUGCCCCAACAUGAAAUGAAAGUCAAGGCAACCCUCCCUCUCUAACACAACCACUGUUUUUGCGCAGACGUGAAGCUCUGCAGAGGCACUCUGCUAGCAGGCAGGUGUGUAGUGGCCCGACCUUUUUAUUAAACGACUACUGCAGAUUGUUGGAAGAGCUCAUCACCCCCUGCUGUACUGCAGCUCUCCAGUAUGUGAGGAGAGAAUUUCAAUUCGGCGCAUAAAAUAAUGAAUCGGGUUCACCUGCUCCACUAAGACGACUCCGUGGAAGAGAGGAAAUGCUGUCUGGAUGUUUGCUUCUGAUCACUCCUUCCUCCCUGCAGUGCCAUUCUCAUUUUAUUUUUGCAUUAAUUUUUCUCACUUUUCUUUAAUAUAAAUUUAGUUAUGAGUAGAAUGUGAGGUGUUAGUGGGUUUCAGCCUGUUUUGUCCCGCCCCCCCCUUUCCAGUUCCUAGUGGUCCUUCUGUCAUAACACCUGUUCAGUUACAUAUCCCAGCAGAUUAGACAUGACGCGCAGUGAGCGUAGGUAGUCUUAACGGAUCGUACUGUAGGCUUCCUCCUCACCUGUGGCAGUUUUGUAUUGUUAAACUGUAUUACCCAAUAAAGUAAUUUCUAUGUCUGUUUGGAAAUAUG